AAUGUUCUCUGCGUAGCUAUUGGUUCCGCCUCCUCUGUACCAGAAUAAAUACUGUUGCAUCAGUAGCUGCGUGUGGUUCAAACUUUUUAAGGUGCUUAUAGUUUGAUUGUAUCGUGGUCUUGCGACAAUCUGGUGAAGAUGCCAUCUGUUCCUCCCAAUACUGAAGCUGAUGAACCUGGCACUGAGUGCCCAGAGACUACCAAGCAUUUCAGCAAAUCAAAAGAGGUGCCAAAUCAAAAUGGAGAAACCUCUUUAGAAAGAAAGUGGAUUCGCCCUGAUAAACCUAGCAAGUGUACCUGGAGACUGGGUGUGCCCCAGAAAGACUCUCCACACCAUCAUCAGCAGCUACCCAAAGUUCCCAGUAUCAUGCCAAGCAUAUUAAAUAACGUGGGUGAUACUCCAAUGGUCAGAAUUAAUAAAAUCAACAAAGUGUAUAAACUGAAAUGUGAAAUGUUGGUUAAAUGUGAAUUCUUCAAUGCAGGAGGCAGUGUGAAGGACAGGAUAAGUGUGAGAAUGGUGGAGGAUGCAGAGAGAGCUGGUAUUCUGAAACCAGGAGACACCAUAAUUGAACCCACAUCUGGUAACACUGGUAUUGGCCUUGCUUUGGCCGCAGCUGUCAAAGGCUAUCGCUGCAUCAUUGUCAUGCCAGAGAAAAUGAGCUCGGAGAAGGUAGAUGUUCUCCGAGCCCUAGGAGCAGAAAUUGUAAGAACCCCUACAAGUGCCAGGUUUGAUUCUCCAGAGUCUCAUGUAGGUGUAGCCUGGCGGCUGAAGCAUGAAAUUCCAAAUUCUCAUAUCCUGGAUCAGUACCGUAACCCCAGCAACCCUCUGGCUCACUAUGACACCACGGCAGAAGAGAUUCUCCAACAGUGUGAGGGAAAGGUCGACAUGCUGGUAGCUGGAGCUGGAACAGGUGGUACCGUUUCUGGUAUUGCCAGAAAGUUGAAGGAGAAGUGCCCUCACUGCAAGAUUAUUGGAGUAGAUCCUGUUGGCUCUACCCUUGCAGAACCUGGUGGUUUGAAUGUGACGGAUAAGAGUUCAUAUGAGGUGGAGGGUAUUGGUUAUGAUUUCAUCCCUACUGUCCUGGACAGAGCGGUAGUUGAUAAGUGGUAUAAGACUGACGAUGAAGAAUCGUUUUCAAUGUCUCGAUUGCUCAUUAAAGAAGAAGGGCUUCUUUGUGGCGGAAGCUCUGGUAGUGCGAUGGCAGCAGCUGUUAAAGCAGCCCAGGAGCUAAAGGAAGACCAGCGCUGCGUUGUCAUCUUACCAGAUUCUGUGCGCAAUUACAUGACUAAGUUCUUAAGUGAUAAGUGGAUGUAUGACAAGGGCUUUCAGAAGGAAGAGGAUGUAAAUAUUAAAAAGCCUUGGUGGUGGAAUAUAAAGCUUCAAGAGCUAAACCUGUGCGCUCCACUAACUGUGCUUCCCUCUGUUACCUGCCAGACGACUAUAGAGAUUCUGAAAGAGAAAGGCUUUGAUCAGGCGCCAGUUGUGAACGAGUCUGGAAUUAUUCAAGGAAUGGUUACCCUUGGAAACAUGUUAUCUUCUGUUCUUGCUGGAAAAAUUCAACCAUCUGAUCCAAUCAGCAAAGUCCUAUAUAAUCAGUUCAAAAAGAUCCAUUUAAAUGACAACCUGGGUAAACUGUCCCGCAUCCUGGAGUUGGAUCACUUUGCUCUUGUGGUUCAUGAUCAGAUUCAGUAUCUUGCUGAUGGCUCCUCCAGUUUAAAACAGAUGGUGUUUGGUGUAGUGACAGCAAUCGACCUACUCAAUUUUGUUGCCAAGAAAGAGAAAAACCAUACUGACUGCUGUUAAAGGGUUUAAACCACCAGAGUCUCUUUGUCAGUUUGUUUCUGCUCUUUUUAGAGUGGUCAUUUUAUUUUAGGCUGAUUAUUAUUUUUUUUUAAAUCUGUUUUAUUCUGCAAAUUCAGUGACAAUGUUGGUGUAGCUAAGGACAAUUUGUCAGCUUUUAUGUUUUAAUUAAUUCUGAUUAGAACUAUCCUCUUGACAUUUGAGUUUUAAUAUUCCAAGUUUGUGCUUCUUUUCAUAGGAUAUAAAUAUGAAUACAUUCCUUUAAUUUAAAUUGCUGCAUAACCAAUUUGCAUAUAAUGUAAAAUAUUUCUCUGGAUGGAAUAUUUCAGAAAGAAUUUGCUUCCAUCACA